AUGGAUGUUUCCACACAAUUGGAAGUUAAACAACAAAGCUUGACGGUUGAAAAAGCAGUCCCCUUAGAAUUUGACUUAGCAUUGCUCGCAGGGUUUGAUAUAAACACUUUGGACGAAGAACGAUUAAGGCAGAAUACCGACAAAUAUUUAAAAGAAUGCUCAAGAAACGGAACACAAUUGAUAAUAAAUGAAAUAUUUAAAUUACCGACCAAUUCAACGGAAGAUGGCACUUUUGCAGAACUGCCAGACCAAAUUACAAAAAUACCCCGAGAGAAACCGGUUCCGAAACCGAAACCAUUGACAAGAUGGGAGAAAUUUGCCAAACUUAAAGGCAUACAGAAUCGCAAGCAGUCACGUAAAGUCUUUGAUGAGGCCACUGGUGAAUGGGUGCCCCGAUGGGGAUAUAAGGGCGCGAACGAUGAUGGGACAAACGAUUGGUUGAUACCCGUUCCUCAGAAUGCCGGUAUAAACGCAACUAGACAUACGAGAAACCUGGAGGAAGGUGCAAGAGGUGCCGACCAAAAAUCGGCGAAGGAAGAAUUAAUGAAAAAGAUAUCGAUAAGUAAAUCUGCAACAGCAAGCAUCGGAAGAUUUGAUAAACCAUUAAAAGGAGAACCUAAAAUAAAGGGCGUGAAACGAAAGUUUGAUCCGCUGAUCUCAGAUAUGAAUAAGGAAAAAGAAGCAAAUCUGAAUAUCGUUAAUGGACUUUUUGGCAAGAAGGAUAAAUCAGAUAUAAUAAAUGCGCGCAAGGCACGUAACAUGGCAUAA